GGGGUGUUCUGCUCCGGCGGCAGCGGCAGCGGCGGCGGGACGCGGAGGCUCCCCUGGGACUCGGCCUCAGCAGCGAGGCGGCGGCGGCGGCGGCGGCUGCGGAGGCGCAGGCAGCAGCUGAGGCAGCGGCGGGCUCAGGUGCAGCCGCUGAGUGAAGACAUAGUCCAGAGAGGUGUAAAGCCACAGUUCAAACUGAAAGACCCUGAAUAAAUCAGAACAAGAAUGAGGACGGAACUUAGCGGAUUCCACACAAAUAUUACCAACCUGGAAUCAGAAUUUGUUCAACAUACUGAUGUUUUGAUCACCACUGAAGCUUAAAUAAGGCUGAACAUAACCUCCUUUUUUCAAAAUUCCCUGUGUUGUGAACUGAGCUUGAGUGAAGUGAAAUCUUUGAGGAAGCUAAAGCUGUGUGUAUUUGUGGAUCAGACAAGUGCAGCAAGUUAAUAUCAUUGGCUUCUGAAGGGGAGAGUGAGGUGAUGGCUGCGUUUAAGUUGGAUUUCCUUCCAGAAAUGAUGGUGGAUCAUUGCUCUUUGAAUUCCAGUCCUGUCUCAAAGAAAAUGAACGGCACCCUGGACCACCCAGACCAACCGGAUCUUGAUGCUAUCAAGAUGUUUGUGGGCCAGGUUCCAAGAACCUGGUCUGAGAAGGACUUGAGGGAACUCUUUGAACAGUAUGGUGCUGUCUAUGAAAUCAAUGUCCUAAGGGAUAGGAGCCAGAACCCUCCUCAAAGCAAAGGGUGCUGUUUUGUUACAUUUUACACCCGCAAAGCUGCAUUAGAAGCGCAGAAUGCUCUUCACAACAUGAAAGUCCUUCCAGGGAUGCAUCAUCCUAUACAGAUGAAACCUGCCGACAGUGAGAAGAACAAUGCAGUGGAAGACAGGAAGCUGUUUAUUGGUAUGAUUUCCAAGAAGUGCACUGAAAAUGACAUCCGAGUCAUGUUCUCUUCAUUUGGACAGAUUGAAGAAUGCCGGAUAUUACGGGGACCUGAUGGCCUGAGCCGAGGUUGUGCUUUUGUGACUUUUACAACGAGAGCCAUGGCACAGACGGCUAUCAAGGCAAUGCACCAAGCACAGACCAUGGAGGGUUGCUCAUCUCCCAUGGUGGUAAAAUUUGCUGAUACGCAGAAGGACAAAGAACAGAAGAGAAUGGCCCAGCAGCUCCAGCAGCAGAUGCAGCAAAUCAGCGCAGCAUCUGUGUGGGGAAACCUUGCUGGUCUAAAUACCCUUGGACCCCAGUAUUUAGCACUUUAUUUGCAGCUCCUUCAGCAGACUGCCUCCUCUGGGAACCUCAACACCCUGAGCAGCCUCCACCCAAUGGGAGGGUUAAAUGCCAUGCAGUUACAGAAUUUGGCCGCCCUAGCUGCUGCAGCUAGUGCAGCUCAGAACACACCAAGUGGUACCAAUGCUCUCACUACAUCCAGCAGCCCCCUCAGCGUGCUCACCAGUUCAGGGUCCUCACCGAGCUCCAGCAGCAGCAGCUCUGUCAACCCCAUCGCCUCCCUUGGAGCCCUGCAGACAUUAGCUGGAGCAACGGCAGGCCUCAACGUCAGCUCUUUGGCAGGGAUGGCCGCUCUAAAUGGUGGCCUGGGCAGCAGUGGCCUUUCCAAUGGCACCGGGAGCACCAUGGAGGCCCUGACGCAGGCCUACUCGGGAAUCCAGCAGUACGCUGCCGCGGCGCUCCCCACUCUGUACAACCAGAACCUGUUGACACAGCAGAGUAUCGGCGCCGCGGGAAGCCAGAAGGAAGGUCCAGAAGGAGCCAACCUGUUCAUCUACCACCUGCCCCAGGAGUUUGGAGAUCAGGACCUGCUGCAGAUGUUUAUGCCCUUUGGGAAUGUCGUGUCUGCCAAAGUUUUCAUAGACAAGCAGACAAACCUGAGCAAGUGUUUUGGUUUUGUAAGUUACGACAAUCCUGUUUCGGCUCAAGCUGCCAUCCAGUCCAUGAACGGCUUUCAGAUUGGCAUGAAGCGGCUUAAAGUGCAGCUCAAACGUUCGAAGAAUGACAGCAAGCCCUACUGAGCGUGCUCCCCUCUGGGACUGGAGUGAGAGGGUCUUCUGGUAAGUGGGGGAGGAGCACCCUUAAUGAUUCGAAGCCCUAAGGCUGUGUGUUGACAGCCCUGGACCCUGAUCCCUGCCACUCUCGCAGGCACAGCUUGCCCUGAAGACUCGGCUACUGCCUUCUGUGGGAGUUACGCUUCGUACAGAGGACGAGUUUGUGCUUUGGUUUCCAGUGUUUUACUUUGGAGUUUAGGUGCCAUAUCCUGAGUUUUUUUCUUUAUUUAAAGUUUGCUGUGUUUGUAACCAGUGUGUGUUGAGAAGGACCAACAUCAAACCGCCCUGGGGGGAGGAGGGGGAUUGGAAAAACAUUUAAGAAAGAUCAGAGCUUUCCCCAAACUACCCCAAGAGAGAGGACUGAGUGAAACCAAACACUGACCCCAAAAUCUCCCUGAGUGCGAGAGUGGGUGAAAUGAGAACUGUCACCCAAGAGCCUUUGGGGGGGGGCGCGGAGGCGAGGCUGGCGUCGGAGGCGAGUACAGUGACCCACACCCAAUGACCCCGGGAGCUGGAGGCUAAAGUGCCUCUGUAGCUGCCUUCUGGGGAGUUACUGAGUUCUUGCCACCUGUUUUUCAGAUUCUUGUGCAGGAUUUCUGCUGCUCUUUCCCAAGAAGGGGAAGACAGUUCUCUGGAAAUAAAGCACCUGUUAAAUUAGCUUGACAUAUGCAAAAAGCAGGGAGACAUCACCCAUUAUUGGCUUUUCCAGCUGCCCAUUGGUGUUGGAUUGGCUCCGCCUGGCUGGUGGCUGUUAGGAAGAAGUACCCAGUCAGAGAGGUCGUUUAUAGUUUAUUUCAACACCACAUUUUUAGACCAUGGCCCAUUUCAAAUAGGUCCCUUUAAACGAGGCCUCUAGGCAAGACACUAUCUGGUUUCCAUCCUUGUAGUUGACCACAGCAAAGAGUGUCACUUCCAUCCAAGCCACCAUUUUUUCACGACGGCAGAUGUAAGAAGGGCUUAUAAUGUCUUGCUUAAAGGGGGCACCUCUCCUGAGCAGAGUGAUCAAAAGCCAUCAAGUUAGGGGAGGAGGAGCCGCCUUCUUGGUGUGCCUGAAUCAGAAGGCCCCUUUAAGUCAGAGUGCUGCAUUUGUCAGCGGCCAGCACUUACUCCGUAAAAGGAUGAGAAAUCUGUGCUUGCCUCUGUGGUUGAGGGAUCCCGGAUAUGGUAUACCCCUCCCCUCAACACACACAAGGCAGGCCCCUCUUCUAACCACUCCAGCCCCUUCUGCUCUUGGGGACAGAGGAGACAACAGGACGUUUACAGCCUCCAUAUGGAUUUAGUGUUCAUUUACCUCAGUAUUACCAUGUUCAUUUUUGUCCUCGUGCUUACAGUUAGCUCCCUGCUGCCUCCCACAGGCCUCACCGCGGCUCUUGCCUGUGACCCACACAGCCUCUGGGCCCUUCCUCUGCUCCAAGAAAUGCUGUGGAGCUGGAGAGCCACAAAGGAAGCGCUGUUGGGAAUGUGCACCUGGGCAGAGGUAGCCCUGUUGGGAUAUGACUCUUAACCAGGGACAGGGUCCCUGGGAUCUUAAACCUCACAAACAUCGGUCCUGACCCCUGACAGCAGAGAUGAGAUUAAAGGGGUUGGUUUGGUAUUAAGUCAGAUGGGGACUCUUUCCUUGUCAUACUGUCCAUUUGGGUCACAGACAGGGAUUGACCGUCUUGCUGUUGUACAGAUAGUUUGGUGGUGUGGGAUUAUCCCAUUAAAGCAGGGACAGCGGUUCCCUUCCCAUAGUGACAACUUGGGUCUGUUGUCCUCUAAGAAACGUGAAACAUACUUCUUAAGCUGAACCACGUAAACUUGAAUUCCGUGCACUGGGAGAAAUGUGUCCUGUGUUUCAAGGAUAAAACUGUUCCAAAGGCUUCCAGGGUCAUGAUGGGAUUUUUUAAAUAAAUGCAAAAAAUAAAAAUAAAAAAGAAAAAAGAAAAAAAGAAAAAAAUGCUAGGUUGGGGAGGCGCUGUUCUGAAUCCCAACCGGCUGGAACCAAGAAUGUCGUUUCUAUUUUUAUAGAAGUUUUAUACAGCUCCGGGGUGGAGAAUAUUUAUUACCUAAAUUAUAUCUCUGGAAAAGGCCAGGAUUUUGUAGAAUCCAGAAUGUGAUUGUUGUACACACAGGGUGCUGUGUAUGAUUGAAACUACUGACUCUCUGUGGCCCGUUUGCAGCCCAGCUAAUAAUCUGCCAGAGGGGAAGGAGUUAAUGCUGUGAAUUGGCAGAGGAGAGAGCUGUGCUCCCCAGGGUUCUGCCGGUGCUGUGACAGCUGACCUUCUGUUCUGUCUUCCUACUUGGCCAUCGUGGGGGUUUCCAAAGCCCAGAACUCUGCUCCCUCCUUACUUUCUUUCCUAUCUUCCUCCUCCCCCAUUUCACAAUUAUUUGUCCAUGGAUUUGUCCUGGGCUCUGGGACCUUAUGAAACGCCUUUUCCAAUAAUAUGAAAGGCAAAGGUGCAGUCAGCCGCCUUUGAUAGCAGACCCAGAGGGUUCCUACCUGCUCGUGAGUUCUCUUUCCUGAAAGGAGCGUGUGCCACAGCAGGGCCCUGGGCUGCCACAGCGGCCAGCUGGUGAGACCAGGCGCCUCUCUCUGUUCUCUCCUCUGCCCAGCGAGUGAGCACAGUAGCACUGCCCGUGAGCACAGUUCUCUCCCCAGGCCAAAGAUGGUUUGUGAAGAAGCUGCUCCCCUACAAGUCUCACAGUGUGAAGGGUUCAGCUCCGAGAGUGGAGACUAGCAGUCGAGUCUUAAGCAGUCCUUUUCUGUUGUGUGGGGGUUUCACUUCACAUAAAUGUGUUUUCUGCUAUAGUUUUGUUUCUUACUUGGGUUUCAUCAUGAAAUUAAUUUGCCUUGAAUGCAGCCAGACACUUAACUCCUGGGUCCCACAUGAGUGGCCAGGGCCUGCAUGGAAGCUAAGAGCUUGGAUUUCUGGAAACAAAAGGCCAUCCCCAUAGAACUGAGGAGAAGUCCUGGCCCUGCCCCCUAGAGAGAUCCCCCAUCCCUGCCGUGCUCUUCUGCCUUCUCCUGGGUUUGAGGAGGGGGGAGGCCGCUGCUCUGCUCCACCAGAGAGACCUUACCUUCUUCCUCGGACGAGUUUGGGUGCCUUGGGAAAUCCAAGCCUUAGGUUCCCUUCUGUCUCUGGCAGUUGGAUGUUUUCUUGGUGUCCUCCAUGUCCUUUUUGACUUUCCCUGUGUCCAUUGUUAGCAUGUGCAAAAGUUCCCUGUCAUUACCCAGCCCCGCCCCACCCGCCUCCUCAUUUCAGGGCUGUACACAGUGAGUGUUCCUCUUCUCUCUCUCUCUGUUUGGAUGUAUUGCUCUGUGUAACUCAGUGGGUCUCCCUCUUUCUGGUUUGUUUUUUUUUCUAGAUUCCUGCCGUUUGUUCAUCGUUGUGCCUAAAGCAUGUCGAUGUGGCGUCAAGUACAUCGUCCAAAUCCCUGUCUCUUCAGCUUCUCUGAUGCUUGAACUCUCACCUUUGACCUUGUGUUGACCUUUGAUGCUGACUUGUAUUUUUAUUAUGUUUGUUUCUUUCUUUGUUAUUUCUUUUUUUCUUUUCCUUUUUUUUUUCUUUUGUGCUGCCAAAUUGGUUUUGCUAGAACGACUGCUGAAGGGGAAAUAUUUAAACUUGCAUUUGAAUAUAAAAAAAUCUAUUUUUCUAGAACUUCAUAAGAUAACCACUUGAUUUUGUGAUUCCAAUUCUUUGUAACUGUCUUCAGAGCAGCCCUACUAGCACAUACCGCGUGGUGUUUGUAUUUCUGUGAACACACAGCCAGUCCGUUUCUAGGCUUUGUUUCUCUGUGUGCUUAGUUUUAAAGACAACUUUGAAGUAAACAAUGAAAUAAAAGAUGUCACUAAAACC